AUGGCUGCGACGCCUCUCGUCGCUGCGGCGGUCGCUCCAAGAACCGAACACAGUCCUGCAGAUCACCACCGAAAAAUUAUGAGAUCAAGAAGCCUUUCCAACCGGGAACAAAGACCUCCGGCGAACAAAAAAGUCAAACUCAUGACGAGUCCCUCGCAGCAGGCCCCAAAACCCAAAGGAGCCGCUAAGUUUGCAGAUAUGCCGAAAACCAUUGUUGGGGAAGGUGGAUUUCCUAUUGCGGACGCGGCUCUUGGAAAAAUUGCUCAAACUACAGCUUCUGCGGGGCAACAGACCGAGGAUUGCACAGGUAAUUCCAUCUAAAAAUAUAGUACACAGGGCGAUAAUUGGACCUUGUAGUUUCCAAGAAUGCGAACAAGUUUGAGCUUGCUAACAGCUACCAGGUUCGGCAAAGGAGGCUACCAAAGUAAAAGCAAUUCGCCAAACCCUCUCGGAGCAGUUUGACAUCGAGAUUCUCUUAAAACAUCGGGAGUUGCGACUUAUCGAGCAGGAGAUAGCGAAAACCCAAGUUUGCAUUGAACAACUUCGUCGUUGUACCUUGAUCCCUUAUCACGCGGAGGUCUCACUGGACCCGGUUGCAUCCGGUGAGAAAUCUGCAGAUACCGGCUGCCCGGAGUUUGCCCCACCCCAUUGGACAAUUACCAAUGGGCCUUACACAAGACACUAUCAACAAUGGCUGCUUCCCGACCCCAAAUUUGACGGGUAUGGGCCUGAAGGGCCACCGCAGGCGUUACAAAGAGGUGGAAAGAGUCUUAGGAGUCAGGGUAUACAUGAUUCAAACCAGUCUUACACUGUCACAGGGCGGCCCCAGAGGCAGAGUGCGGCAAAGGUACAGCAAAGGGGUGCAAGUGCUACAGUAUGCACUUUCAACCGAAGCGAUGGCCAACUUGUUCGGUAUGUUUUUCAGUCGCAGCGGGCGUUGUUCUGGCUUUUUUUUGUUUUCUUGUUAGGUAAGUGUACAAAGACUAACCGCAUGGUUUAAUUAAAGAAUGGAAUGCCGUGAUUGUCAACGCAGCAAUUUCAGCUCGGCACAAGGUUUUAUCAACCAUUGCCGUAUUGCCCAUCAGCGUGAAUACAGCUCUCACGAUGCUGCUGCGUUUGACUGUGGCGUGGUGAUUGAUGAAACUGCGGAGCAGCCAUUGGUUUCGCCCAGCCUGGCAACCCCGCUUGACGGGCCAUCCCGGAACACUCGACAAACACAACCCAAUCCAUUCAACACACCCUACACUUCUUUUGGCUCCAGCAGACGCAGCAGUGUAAUGGAAAAUGGUUCGAUGCCCGACCUGAUAAUUCCUACCACUCCUGUCCCUGUGAUGCCUAGAUUAGUUACUCCGAAAGCUACUUCCAACGCAGGUCAAAGGAAAAACGGUGGCCGCCGAGCUACUAUGACUACGCCAAAGACUCAGGAUCUGGAGAAAGGUGCGAGAAGGCUCUUAACACCGCCUCUAGACACCAAGACUUACCAAACACCGCAUUUAGAAGGUCUCCUGAAGAGAAAAAAAAUAAGAGUCAACCUGCAGCAAAUGGUAACGGAGGUUAAGAGCGGAAGGAUUAACUGGGAUGAUGAAUCUGGUAGCGAAAUCGAAGCAGGUGCUGGUGAUAAAGCGGGGAAGCUGGGUACGGACCUGGAUACCCCGAUGUCGGACGCUCUCGUUAGCCCAGGUCCGCAAGAGGAGGGUGCGGUAGCGUUGGUAGAGCCCGGGAAUAAAAAAGGUGCUGCGAUUCUGGCAAUGAAUGUCGCCUUCCCCAGGAGCAGUGGCUCUAUGAGGCCGGCCGCCUCAGAGACUGCCACUGUUCUACCGUCCAUGGGCACCAGGGUGCCUGCGGUGGCAUCAUUGCAAGCGAAACCAGCCUCCAAGAGGAAGAACGACUUGUCGUUUUAUGACAGGAUGGGGUUGGACGGAGCCUGUGAUUCUGGGACCUCAUCGAGUGAUGAGGACGACGGAUACAGGAGUGACGCGGAAGAGGAAAUUAUGGAAGCCGAGAGAUCACCGCCUCUUUCUGAUGGAGGCCGGAUUCCAGGGCCUAUACACAAUCACGACGGAUUGAGGUACGGAAAGGGGCCCCACACCCUACCUCCCCUCACCUUCCAGGCUGUCAGCCCGCCGGUCUCUCCGACAGAUACCCGCGAGAUGGAGCUGGAGCCGACCGCCCCAUCUCACCAACAGCAGCAAGUCACCGCGCUCUGCCAGCCUACACCUACCUCACCGGGGCUUUCGAGGCAGGUUCGGUUUGUCAUGCCCAACGCUAGGAAAAUUGGAAACAAUAAUCCGAGCGGUGUGUUGGAGAACGGGUUGGCAAAGAUGAAAUUUGCGAAUGCGGGGACGAUCAAGAAGCACGGGGGUUUCAAUGGGGUUAUGGAAGGGAGAAGAGUUAGCUAAGCUAAGCUAGCUAGUCGCGCAUUAGAGAAAGUAGAAGGGAGAAAUUAGGGGGGCCUGCUGUCGUUUUAAUACCAGGAGGUGGGGAAGGUGAAAGCAUUUAAUGUGUCGAUAGAUUCUUGUAUCGCUUUCUUACUCUCUCCUCCUGAGCCAUCAUGCUCGUUUUCAUAUAGCCCUGGAGGAGCCGAUGUUUGGUUUCUUGUUUUUCCUUCUUGGUCUCUUUUACCCUGUCUCGUGCUUACAAAUGAUUGACCCAGUUUGUCAAGCUUUGAAUGGUAGAUUCUGUUUGUAGUCUUACUUCAUGCCUUGAACUCUUUUUUCUUUCUCUUUUUCUCUUUUCGUUUCGCGCCGUCUCCUCCUUGCUCUUACUCGAGUACCUUCCCUCACCCUCACCCUCCCUACCUACCUCUACUUCUCACCUCUUACUCUUUUCACUAAAAAAAAAAGCACACCUCAGCUAGUUACCCAAAUAAACCCUACCCUUACCCCAA